AUGGCCAGCACGCGCGCAGAAAAGAGACGACGGACCGCCUGCCUUGCAUUGGUUGAUGAGUCGUUUGAGCCUGUCGUCGUCGUCGUCCAUGGUCGAAUAGGCGUUGAUGUCCGCACGCACUGGAGUGUCGCCAAAGACGGUGGUUUAGAAGAGAAAAAAGCAGUGGCCGUGGACGUUGCGGGCGAAAAAGUCGAGAAAGGGUGUGGCCGCGAGCUGUGGACGCAUUUGCUCGACGCGAUCACGCUCGAGCGCACAUCGAAAUCGCCGCCGCCUCUGAAUCAAAUCGCGCCUGGUGCCUUCCUUAUCGAGCACACGACCUCACACCAGACACCACCACCCAGCCCCCGGGGCUGGUCCUGA